ACAACUUAAGACGGUGAGAACGGAGUGAGCACACAUUGAGAGCAGACAGAGUGGGAACACGAGAGGACCAAAAGAAUAAAGGCUUAAAAAAUCCAUCACCAACAAACAGAUAUGAUGUCAUUGUACAGGAACCUGACUGUGCUUCUCCUUUUUCUGAUUGCCGCCCUGCUACCCAGCUCCCACCUCUUUACGCACGCUGCCUCUGCCUCUCCUCCAGUCACUCGUCCUCGCAUCAAUUACACUUCCUUAGAUGACUAUGAAGAUGAAGUGUUCGUCAAGAAGACCACUCCUGUCAGAAGUGGUCCGCCACAGCUUUGCAAAUUCGACUCCUGCUCAGAGAAUCAGGAGCCAUGUGAUGUCCUUGAAGCUAAACACGGGUGCCUCUGUCCCGGGGUCAGUAGGGCAAAUGUGCCUCCUCAUGCACCCCGCAUCCAAGCGCUACUGCCAAUCAAUGCAGGGGCUGACAGCGGGAAGCUAGAGAUCCAGUGGUGUGCUCCAUCUUCCGUGGUGUCUGGGUACAGAGUGGUGAUAGAGGGAAGUGAAGGUGACGCCUUUGAGUUCAGAGACGCUGCACGAAGAGGAGUGAUCAGAACAGUCGAAGUUGGGACUAAGGUGUGUGUGGAGGCGGUAAACAAUGCAGGAAGCAGCACCCCCUCAGCUUUCUCAUGUAUGCGGUUUGACCAUUCUGAAUCUUCAGACCAUAAAAUCCUGGCUGGAGUCAUAGGUGGAGGAGUCACACUCCUUUUAAUUCUUAUCAUUGUAGCUGUGAUCCUCUGGAAGUAUACGACGAAUAAGAAGGCAAAGGGAGACUCAACAGAUGGACUGGGGAACCCUACUUACAGCACAGAGGGGACUCUGUGAUCCAGUUUAGUUCUGUACAGACAAUUCAUUCCUUUACACUGAAUAGGCCCGUUAAGACAGGCUCUGGAGGGGCCUUAAAUCAGGGAAGGCAAUGCUGUAAUCAUGAACAAAAAACAAAAUAGUUCUAGUUUUUUGUUCAUUGUAGAAUAAAGAAGUUGUUUACACUCUUGUUUAGGGAUAUUUAAACAUAAUGGGAUCAAGAUGAGUGUAAUUUAUUGAAUAACACGAACUAAAGGGUAAUUCUUUUAAAAAGUGGUACGAUCAAGGCUAAUUUGCGGGCAAAUUAACCUUUGUAAAUUUAAUGUAGUCUUGUUUUUUUUUAUCUUAUCAUGGCUGGAUUUGAUUGUUGAAUUCAUUUUGUACUUACUGACCUGAGCUUUUGUAAUAAAAUAAAACGUAUUUUAAUAAAUUC